CUACCACCGCCACCACCACUGCCAGCACGCUCACUCCGGCUAUGUCUGCUAAUGAUAACAAUAAACGAAAACAACGAAAUUGGAUCGAAAGCUUUUCAGGGGACUUGAAUGACCUUCAGAAGGAAAUUGAUUUAAGAAAGCAAUCACAGCAAACGGCCAGUACAUUGACUAAAGAUACCAUGACAUUACCUAAAGUUGCUCAAAGUAGUCCAACCACCAAUACCAACACAAUACACGUCAAUACCUUAGUCAUGUCUUCUACACCGACCGCAACGAACGAUAGAUCUGCCAGUGAUGAAAUCGAUCGCAUGCUACAAGACAUUAACGUCACUUCACCAACGACACCUACAUCAACCUCUUUCACAACAGAUACUUCUGAUCGGCCCAUUGCUCAUCUUAACAGAACUCGUCAUUCUACAAAAUCCUAUGCUCGUCGAAGCACUCCUUUUCCUACCCCAACCACUAUAGGCACGCCCUCAUCAGCACUUAUGGCUGUAGCCCAAGCCAAACAGUUAGAACAACAACAAGGCAAGGUGUUCUCACCCCCAACUUCUGAUACCUUUGCAGUCCCAAAUGUGGUUACCAAGAAAUUUCUGGCGCCUUCUGCACGACAAAUACAACAAGAAGAGCAGCAACAGUCAUUGAAAAAAAAGGGAUCCAUAUUUGACAGCGAUAGUAGUAGUAAUCCUAGGAAGGGUGCAUUUGCUACGAAAACCAUGGGAAUGGCAGUGACACCUGAAGGGAGAAAGAAAUCAGGUAGUUCUUCUGCACCCAAGAAAGCACCUAUAACUAACAGUAGCAGACCAGUACAAGCAGCAAGUACAACCACAAUGGCAAGUAGCGGCAAAAAGAAUAAAAAACGGGCAAAUAAGAACAACAACAAUAACCAUGAUGACUUUAUGGCACCUGGAGGAUUCCUAUCAUCAGAUAUUACUUUGUUUGAUAAUCCUAAUCCAGACGAAUGGGUUUGUCUAUUUUGUCAGUAUGAUAUUCUCAUGUAUGGCUACGAGGCUGCUAAAAAGAAGAACGGAUACUAUAAAAGAAAACGUCAGAGAGAGAAAAAGUUGAAAGAAGCAGAAAUGCGAAAGAAUAACAAGGAUAAGGAAAAGGAGAACAGCAGCAGUAAAGAUCACCUUUGUGAUGGUGAGCACAACCACCUCCAUCAUAAUCAUCACGAGAACAGUACAACACAAACAUCCAACGGCAGUAAUGGUAGUGAUGAUAACAAUAAUCAAUUGCAGGCACCAACAGGUUCCGUAAAUGCGAAAUAAGCUUUGAAUUAUUCAAUAUUGCUGUAGACUUUAUUAUCAUUAUUCCUUUGCCAAGCACAUACCAUUUCGAUUAAAGUACAUGUAAUAAAAAGUUCAGGAUAUUAGCUCUACAACCAUGAUUGAGAAUUGAACAAUUGCCACUUUAUUGAUAUGAACGGAUAUAAAAAGAUGCUGGUUGAUGU